UAUAUAAGAGCAGAAGAAUUUGAAUUCAUCGCAUCAGUUGCACGACAACGUUUAUUCCUCAUCAUCGUCAUCAUCAUCUUCAUCAUGAUCGACCAGAAGAGUCUGUUCCUCGCGUUCAUCUGCUGUGCAGUCGUGGUCAGCGCUGCGGAUUACUGUCACCUGUACUCGUGCCAGUAUGCCUCCCGACCCGAGCACGUCAUGUGCGCUCAUCCCACCGGAGGAGCAUCGCCAGUCUGCAAACAGGUGAUCAGCAGCGGCCUGUCCGAGGAUGAGAAGAAGAGAAUCGUCGAUCUUCACAACGAGCUCAGAGCCAAGGUAGCCAGGGGAGAGGAGAGCCGAGGCAGUCCCGGACCCCAACCCAAAGCUUCCGACAUGAAGACAAUGGUGUGGGACGACGAGUUAGCUACUAUCGCUCAAAGGUGGGCAGAUCAGUGCUCGAUGAAAUCACCAAUGUGCAAUGACGUAGAACGCUUCCAAGUCAACCAGAAUGCAGGUACCAGUGGAACCACCGGUGACGUGAACAACAUCCAGGUCGAGAACAUCGUCAGGAUGUGGUACAACAAUGUCCAGUAUUACGACAAGAACGACGUCGCUAGCUUCAAACGAUCCUACAGCGUCACGGGCAAACCGGUGGGCACCUACACCCAGAUCGUCUGGGGCGAGACCGACAAGAUCGGCUGCGGCGUGGUGAGGCACAAGCCCGAUCGUUUCAAUCACGUCUAUCUAGUCUGCAAUUACGGACCGGCCGGCAACAGGCUCGGCGAGCCCGUGUACAAAGUGCAAUAAAUAAGUAUAACAAAAUAGUACGAGGCGUAUCGCGCGGAAACUCCGACGCGACGCUCGAACACAAUGUAAACAAUAUAUUAUUUCGUAGCAAUAAAUCAUCGAGAUCGACUUAUCUGCGUGUUUGC